CUGAGCACUCAACUUCAAAGACGCACUUACCGCCGUACUUUUGUUAGUGUUUUUUAAAUGAUGUAAGUAACACGUAUUCGAUAGUUUAUGGGCAGAUACGCUACAAAGUAAGUUUUGUGUAAUCCUGAACCUCCUUGAGAGAAGGUCUUGAAGAAGCUAUUAGUACAGCAGAAAGUGGUGACGAGUUUCUGUUCCUCAGGCAAAGACAGGAGUCUAGGAACGAGGUUGCGAAUACUAAAGGAUUUAGAAGAAAUCAUCAUUAAUGAAGUCCUCAGAGCACAGAUUUCAAACGUUCUUCGAGCCAUUCCGUAUCAAAUCAGUUGAGAAGAUACAACAUACCACAAGAGCUCAGCGAAUUCAGCGUCUAGAAGAGGCAAAUUUUAAUCCCUUCAUGUUGAAUUCUGAAGACAUCAUUAUCGAUCUGUUGACAGAUUCUGGCACCGGGGCCAUGAGUUCUGACCAGUGGGCCGCUAUCAUGAAAGGUGACGAGUCUUAUGCAGGCUCACCAAGCUACAGGAAGUUUGAAGCAGUAGUGAAAGAAAUCUUCGGCUUCCGUCACGUGAUCCCUACGCACCAGGGCCGCGCUGCCGAGAGGAUCUUAUUCCAGUGCAGUCUCAAGGAAGGGGAUGUGGUCCCAAACAACGCUCACUUCGAUACAACUCAGGCCAACGUGGAGAAACGGGGAGCUAAAGCUAUAGAUUUGCCAGUUUCUGAAGCCUUGAAUCCAGAGGUAUGUACUCCGUUCGGUGGCAACAUGGACAUCAAAAAAUUGACAGAGUUGCUGUCGAAUGGGCUAAAAGAGCAUGUUACGUUGGUGAUGAUAACAGUAACUAACAAUGCCACUGGUGGAAUGCCCGUCAGUAUGGAGAAUAUUAGAAUGGUUUCCAAGAUUUGCCGCUCUCGCGGAGUCCCCUUCUUUCUCGACGCAUGCCGUUUUGCCGAAAAUGCUUGCUUCAUCAAAAUGUUUGAGAAAGGGUAUACGCAUCGCACGCCGUUUGAAAUCGCUCGCGAGAUGUUUUCUUACGCCGAUGGCUGUACCAUGUCUGCCAAGAAAGAUGGCCUCGUGAAUAUUGGGGGAUUUCUGGCCAUGAAUGACGGGCAACUCGCCGAUAAAUGCCGCCAGGAAUUGAUGAUAUCCGAGGGGUUUCUCACUUAUGGCGGGCUCGCUGGAAGAGAUCUCGAGGCGAUGGCUGUUGGGUUGCGCGAGAGCCUAGAGGAAGAAUAUCUUCAAUAUCGAGUUGGAUUUGUCAAAAUGCUGGCAGAUUUGCUGAAGGAACAUCAUAUCCCCGUGUUAAUGCCACCAGGUGGACAUGCAGUCUACAUCGACGCAGCAGCUAUGUUACCGCAUAUUCCUAGAGAGCAGUUCCCAGCUUGGGCUUUGGGUUGCGCUUUAUAUGUUGAAGGUGGUAUUCGUUGUGGUGAGCUGGGCGGUGUAAUGUUCGGUAGAGAUGAUAAAGGCUUGGAAAACGGUCACGAACUAGAAGAUGGAAAGAGGGAACUUCUUCGCCUUGCAAUUCCACGCAGGACAUAUACUGAGUCACACAUGAGGUAUACCGCUGAAGUAUUGGAGUACGUUAACAGACAUAAAAACGAAGUCGGCGGUUAUAGAAUCACGUGGGCUCCUGCUGUAUUACGUCAUUUCAGUGCUCAUCUUGAACCUAUUUUCCCGCCAAACCAGGAACAUGAGAACGGCUUUGGAAUCGAGGGAAGAUAAUUGCUUGGAAUUCGCGUUAUGUGAAUGACCAUUUCCUGUAUUGCGAGAAGAAUGCUCGUAAACUCACUGACUAUUGUGAAAUAUAUCCAAUGUAGAAUUAAUCUUUUCUGUUGAGGCACGUAGUAUACUUAUUUUAUUACUAUCCCAAAAGCUUUUGUGAAAACUUAAAAGCAAGGGUUUGUCAUACACAAGAUUCAAAUAAACUUAAAACCCGGAAUUGAAGUCUAAUUCCUUCUUACCGGAAAGUCAUGAUAGUUCAAUAAUUUUUCCAUGGCUCUUUCCGGCCGCUUGUUGAAUUUUGCAAUAUUCUUAUUUUAGGUGCGUCGAAAUUCGUUUUAUUCUGUACAUAUGAGUGGCAAUACUCUGAGAACAGCCUUUGUAAGAAAAACUUGACUGAAUAAACGAUACAGUUUA